UAGCUGAACUGAUACGGGGCUUGAUAAAUAAGUAACGUUAGCGUGCUGCUAUUAUAAAUUGCUUUACAUUGUGUAUGGUAUUUGUCACAGGUAGAUUAAUUAGGGUUGGUCAGUUACUAAACGUAAAGCCGAAAAUGGCCAUUUGUAUAAGUUUGGGUGACUAACGCUUUGGUGUGAAUAUGUAUGGAGCUCCAGUGGAUUUAUCGUUUAAAAACAUCUGCAGUUUGGCAGAUGCAUGGGCAGAGGAACCCAGCAGUGGUCUGCGGCCUUUAAAGAAGAAUUCAGAAAUGAAGUACCUAAGCCGCUCCCUGCGUCUCAAUAACAACAACAUCACUGACCUUCCUGACCUCCCAAUGACUGUUAGCCACUUCCUGGCUGAUCCGUCACAGCUGGCCUGGCUUGACCUUUCAUUCAACAAAAUCACACAUAUAGACCAUGUCUUGUGUGAACUGCAUGAACUACGUGUUUUGUAUCUUCACGGCAACAGCAUCUGUAUUUUGUCAGAGGUGGACAGGUUGGGAGCGCUGCCACAUCUACGCUCCAUCACUCUACACGGAAAUACCAUAGAAACCAAUAAGGCUUACAGGAAUCAUGUGAUUUCUGCACUGCCUCAUAUAAAGACAAUGGACUUCAGUGCUGUGACACAGCAGGAGCGAGUCAUGGCAAAUAUCUGGCAUCGCAGCAGAAACAGCAGAAGGACUCUCCAGUGACUGCCGGUUCAACUCCAUCAUGGUGUGUUAAACUCACCCAAAAGACCUAUACUCAUCUACUGCGGGAAAUAUUGAGUCUUGUCUAUUGUGAAAUCAGCAGUUUAAUUUUUUUUUUAUCUGAGGAAAUAAAGUUUUUUCAUUCCGUUUGUUUUAAUAAUUAGUAUGAAAUGAUAAUUGUCACUGAAUGAUCCCAAGAUAUUGCAGAUGCAUGUAAAUUCUGAUAUUG